AUGCCAUCAGGCUACAGCUCUUCCACACCAGCAGUGAGGGGUCGGACCAUCUCUCCUGAGUGUGGGACCAACUCUCCCAUGAGGGGCAGAGCCAGCUCUUUUGCUGCAGUAGCCAGUGAGGGCCAGGGCCAGCUCUACCAGGGCCAGCAAAAGGAGGAACAAUUCACACAAAAGAACGAGGCUUCAAACCACACCAUUGUGACAGAGCUAAUCAUUUUGGGACUAACAGAGGAUCCUACACUGUGCAUAGUCUUUUUUGUAAUAUUUCUAGGAGUGUACUUUGUCACUUUAGUAGGAAAUAUCAGCAUCAUCACGUUGAUAAGAAUUUCUUCCCAGUUGCACACACCCAUGUACCUAUUCCUCAGCCAUCUGGCUUUUGUAGACAUUGUAUAUUCAACCUCAGUCUCAGUUAUAAUGCUGAUGGAACUCCUUCGACAUGGCCUGGCCCUACCCGUGGCUGCCUGUGAAGCCCAGCUGUGUAUUACAGUGUCAUUUGGAUCGACUGAGUGCUUCCUACUGGCUGCCAUGGCCUAUGAUCGCUAUGUAGCAAUCUGUUCACCUCUCCUCUACUCCAUGAUCAUGUCCCCCAGACUCUGUUUUCUACUGCUGGGAGCUUCCUAUGUUGGUGGCUGCAUGAAUGGUUGGACAUUUACUGGCUGUUUGUUAAAUCUGUCCUUCUGUGGACCAAACCAGAUAGAUCACUUUUUCUGUGACUUCUCCCCUUUGCUGAAACUGUCCUGUUCAGAUGUCUCUGUUAUUGGAAUCAUCCCCUCUAUCUCUUCUGGCUCCAUUAUUGUGGUGACAGUGCUUGUCAUUGCUGUCUCUUACAUCUACAUCCUCAUCACCAUCCUGAAGAUGCGCUCCACUGAGGGCCGCCAAAAGGCCUUCUCCACCUGCACCUCCCACCUCACUGCAGUCACUCUCUACUAUGGGACCAUUACCUUCAUUUAUGUGAUGCCCAAGUCCAAUUACUCUACUGAACAGAACAAGGUACUGUCUGUAUUCUACACAGUGGUGAUCCCUAUGCUUAACCCCCUCAUCUACAGUCUAAGGAACAGAGAUGUGAAGGAUGCUCUGAGGAAGGCAACUGUCAGAGUAUAUUCAUAG